AUGAUCCCUUUCCGCCUUCAAAUUCUAAUUAUUAACGUAUUUAAUAUUCUCAACAAAAAAUUCUCAAUUUUAUUGUCAAACUCAAAAAAACCUGGAAUAACCUUCUCCCUAAUCUGUCUUUUCUGACUAAUCUCCAUAAAUAACUCCUUAGGACUUUUACCUCAUAUCUUUACAUCCACAAGACACAUUAUAAUAACCCUAUCACUAGCCUUACCAAUUUGAAUAACAAUUAUGGUAUUCGGAUGACUAAAUAAUACUUCUCACAUAUUUGCCCACCUAGUCCCUCAAGGGACCCCACCAGCCUUAAUAGCAUUCAUAGACUGUAUUGAAUCUAUUAGAAACCUAAUUCGACCAAUCACACUGUCAGUCCGUCUAGCUGCAAACAUAAUUGCCGGACACCUUCUCCUUAACCUUCUUAGAAAUAGAGCAGUCAUAUCUAAUCUAUCUACAGUCUUAACUAUCUCCAUCGCCCAAAUUACCCUUCUUUCCUUAGAAAUAGCAGUAGCAUUAAUUCAAACCUACAUAUUCGUAGUUCUAUCAACAUUAUAAUCCACAGAAAUCUACUAA